AGGCCCCGCCUCCCGCCCCACCGGCCUGCCUUGAGAGCGCUUGCUGCUGCCGGGGCUUCAGUUGGUUGGAACCCGCUUCUGCUGAGCUUGUGUCCGCCGGUAGCAGGCCCAGCCAUGCUUUCUCGCGCAUGCAAGUCUCCGCCCCAGCGCCGGGUGUUUGUAGUGGGGGUUGGCAUGACCAAGUUUGUGAAGCCUGGAGUUGAGAAUUCAAGAGAUUACCCUGACUUGGCAAAAGAAGCAGGCCAGAAGGCGUUAGCUGAUGCGCAGAUCCCCUACUCGGCAGUGGAGCAGGCGUGCGUUGGCUAUGUUUAUGGUGAUUCUACCUGUGGGCAGAGGGCCAUCUAUCAUAGUUUGGGAUUGACUGGAAUUCCUAUAAUCAAUGUUAACAAUAACUGUUCCACUGGUUCUACUGCUUUGUUUAUGGCCCGGCAACUGAUUCAGGGAGGUAUGGCAGAUUGUGCCUUGGCUCUUGGCUUUGAGAAGAUGUAUAAGAGAGGUCUUGAAACAAAAUUUUCAGAUAGGACCAAUCCAGUUGAUAAACAUUUUGAAGUCUUGGUCAAUAAGUAUGGAAUUUCUGCCCACCCAAUUGUUCCUCAGCUGUUUGGUUCUGCUGGAAAAGAACACAUGGAAAAAUAUGGAACAAAAACUGAACACUUUGCAAAAAUUGGAUGGAAAAAUCAUAAACAUUCAGUUAAUAACCCGUAUUCCCAAUUUCAAGAUGAAUACAGUUUAGAUGAAGUGAUGGCAUCUCGAAGCAUUUUUGAGUUUUUGACUGUCUUACAAUGUUGUCCCACUUCAGAUGGUGCUGCAGCAGCAAUUUUGGCCAGUGAAGAAUUUGUACAGAAGUAUGGACUGCAAUCCAAAGCUGUGGAAAUUUUGGCACAGGAGAUGGUGACCGAUUUGCCAAGUACAUUUGAUGAAGAAAGUGUUAUUAAAGUGGUUGGCUAUGAUAUGAGUAAAGAAGCUGCCAGAAAAUGCUAUGAGAAAUCUGGCCUGAGACCAAAUGAUAUUGAUGUAAUUGAACUUCAUGAUUGCUUUUCUGUGAAUGAGCUCCUUACUUAUGAAGCACUGGGACUCUGUCCAGAAGGGAAAGGUGGAAUACUGGUCGAUAGAGGAGAUAACACUUAUGGAGGAAAGUGGGUCAUAAAUCCUAGUGGUGGAUUGAUUUCAAAAGGACAUCCACUGGGAGCUACAGGUCUGGCUCAGUGUGCCGAACUCUGCUGGCAGCUGAGAGGGGAAGCCGGGAAGAGGCAAGUUCCUGGUGCAAAGGUUGCUCUGCAGCAUAAUUUAGGCCUCGGAGGAGCAGUGGUGGUCACGCUCUAUAAGAUGGGGUUUCCGGAAGCCGCCAGGACACAUCAAAUUGAGGCUGCUCCCACCAGUGCUGCAAGUGAUGGAUUUAAGGCAGAUCUUGUCUUUAAGGAGAUCGAGAAGAAGCUUGAAGAGAUAAGAAGGCUGACUGCACAAUCACCAUGGCUGACUCGGACUUACUGGCUUUAAUGACUGGUAAAAUGAAUCCUCAGUCGGCCUUCUUUCAAGGCAAAUUGAAAAUCACUGGCAACAUGGGGCUGGCAAUGAAGUUACAAAAUCUUCAACUUCAACCAGGCAAAGCUAAGCUGUGAAGAAUUCCCUUUGGCAACUUUGGAAAAUCGAGAUGAGAUAUAUAGAUAUAUAUCCACAUAUUUCAUUGUCAGAACUUAGACUGAAACUACACAUUGGCAAAUAGCAUGAGACAGAUUUGUUAAAUGGGUGUGUAACCAAUUGUGUUUUUCCUAUGCUCUUGGUAAACAGAGCCUGAUGGUGUCCUACUGCUUUGAGGAAUUGCAUACAACUGUGCAUGACAAAGUUAAUAUGGUAAUUAUGGUUUGGGGUAAAUUAGUUUCAGAAUAAAAUUAGGAACAGUAAAAAUCUAAAAACUAUGCAAACAAAAGCUCUCAUUUUGCUUAGAAGUUAUAUUUAAGGAUUAUUCUGCUGAAGAUUCAGUGUAAGUUUUUCUUGGGAGAACUAGGGAAGAAACAGAAUAGCAGAAGCUGACCAGUAAUUAGUGUUAUGCACUUAAUGACCCGAAUCAGUUUCUUACUAAUAAUUAAAAUUCUGUACUGGGAUUUCAAAACAAAUCAAAACUUGUAAACUUUUGCAUUUCAUGACAUCAGAAAAGAUUUUUUUUUCUUCCCAAAUAAAGUGAUAAAAUCAGAGCUUGUGUUGGAGGAGAGGGCAUUUAUAGCGAACACAGGCCUAUUUUUAAAGUAAAAAUAUUUGUAAAUGGGGUUCUUUCUUGAAAAAUCAGGGUAUUAGUGUCAUAAAAUGCUGUUGCUAAAAAUAAUUGAAAAAAGUUUAAUUUUAGAUGCAUAGUUUUCAAAUUAUUAUCUCAUAAUCAUUUAAGUUUAUAAAGCUCUCAGCUUUUUAUUAUAUUUUUUCUUUUUCACAUUUGGUUAAUUAUCUGCAUUUAUCUUCCUAGUUUUUCUAAUUCUAAUGUUAUUUCUUACAUCUAAGAUACGGGAUAAAUAUAAUGCUUUUGGAAGAAUGUUUAAUAGAAAAUUAAAAUAACUCUUGCUGA